UGAGCUCGCCCGUGCUGACGGACCUCGCCUGCUUCCACGCCAGCUCGGUCGGCCAGCAGCUGUCCAACACCAGCGUCUGGAAUAGGCUUCCAUGUCUUCUCCCUGGAACUCCUCAAUGUCCAACUCUUGGCCAUCAGUCUCUGAGGCCUCAUCUUCACUGUCACUUUCCAACCUUGAGGAUGGCUCGCUGUCAGGCUCAAAAAGCCUCAAAUUUGCCCAGAUGGCCACCAAUUUUUCAAUCCUUGUAUUGGUCAGCCUAUUGCAUGCUUUGGUGUGUGUGUGUGUGUGUUCCCAAACAAGGACCUCUGAGGCGGCUGAUGUUGGUGGGAUUUGGAGGAGGAUGGAGUCAACAGGGGAAAGAGCUUCAGAUCCACAAAGUCCCUUCCACCAGGUGGCUGAUGAGAUAUGUUGGCACGACUGCCAUAUUGCAUCUCCAUCCCAAAGCCCUUGUUUGGAAGUGUAUUUCGCCAGACUGCCAAGAACCUUGCCCUCAUCCAGGCCAAGCGUCCAAACAGCCGUGAUCAAAGUGUUCCAGGGUGGAGGGUUGCAAGCUAAUGAGCUUUACACCCUCAAUGAGAGCAUCAGAUGGCUCCUCAAGACCGAGUUGGGCUCGUUCAUCACAGAGUACUUCCAGAAUCAACUCUUGACCAAAGGCCUGUCGCAUAUUCUGGAGAAGAUUAGACUUUAUGAGGGUGACAGUCAACUCCUUAUCCUGUCCGAGAUGUGGAUCAGGUUCUUCACUGCGAUCUUGCCCACGCUCCAGGCUAUAUUCUAUCCUGUUCAGGGUCAGGAGCUUACCGUCAGACAGAUGGCUCUACUGGGCUUCAGAGACCUGGUUCUGUUGAAGCUCUCCCUAGAAGACCUACUGCCCAUUGCCACAGUCCCCCCAGCCAUCACACAAAUGCUGCUGAUUCUGCAGGGCAUCCAUGAGUCUAACGGGCCCAGUCAAGAGUACUAUCAGCUAGAGGGACUGGUCGAGACAGUCAUCUCGCCUUACCUGGGUAACGUCCUCCACGUUAGCAACACCAACCGCUUCGUAGAAUGCCGUGCACCACUUUCCAGGUUAAGAGGAGUGGCACAACCAGAGAUCACUGUUACUCAUCAUCAUGCCUCAGACUCCUCCUCGCUGGCUCCCCUAGUGGAGCAGGAGGGGGAAUCCUACCUGGAGAAGGUGGGAGGAGUCCGACGCCACACAGUGGCCAAUGCACACUCCGACAUACGGCUGCUCUCAGCUUCUGGCAGGAUGCAGCCUGGGAUGGAGGAGGACAGUGGUGGCGGUGGUGGGAACGGGAUGGCAGGCAACGGCAUGCGGCCCAGGCCUUUCUCCAGCUAUCCAGACAUCCUGGAAUCCCCAAUGGGAGUGGUGGGGCCCUUCAGAAAGCAGAGAUCGACUGAAAUCAGCUGCCAUCCUCCCAGCUAACCAGUGAUAGCGGCUGGAGACCGUUGUUGCUAUUGAUUCCUGGAAACUGAGGGGAUAAAACCAUCUCUGAGUGCGAGCAGGGUGGUUGGGUGGAGUCUCUGUCACCCAAUGGCUUUCCCUCCUCUGUGCUCAGAGGCCAAAAUGUGGAAACAGUUGAUUGUUUCCGUACAGCUCUGUUUCCCUACGUGCCAACACGUCAGAUCUAUUCACAUGAUUUUAUUCCUGGGACGCAUUCCUCGGUUGGAACUGAUUGAUGACAGGUAUCUAUCGUAACAGCUCGUGUUUUUACCCUAUUUAACCUCUUAUAAGGACACCGAGGAAUGACAGUGAGAUCUGAGCCUCAUGUAAAGAAAGUAUAUUUGUGGCUGACCGCCCUGAUUUGGUCUUUUGGAGCAACAUUUUCUUUUCUUUCUUUUUUUUUUACAUUAGAUAAAAGUUGACUCCGUAGACUCACAGCUAGAAAAACUGUAUAUCACACACUGCAGCUGAGGAACAAAUGGGAAAGUAAUUCUGCUUUGAAAGUUGAAAAACUUGUAACCCCACUUUUGAGAAAAUGGCCCUUGAAUGUUUGGUACACCUACAUGAAGAGCUCUUCUUAUUUUACACCCAUUCAGCAUCGUUCACACCCUCUUAAGACUUAGCCCCACCCAUCUCUUUCACGUGUGAGGCAAUGUGCUAAACAGUGAGUAUGGUGGUGUACAACAAAAGAUUUCAAGACUAAAGGCUGGUUUAUACUACUAUCGACAUGUCUGUAUACAGUUGUCACAGUGACAUCAUGAACAUUCUAUUGUCGUCCGACAUCAAACUUGUCGUUGUCGUUCUGAAAAAUUAUGAACAAAAAAAUGACAGGCUGCAUGACAUCAGCAGCCUGGGGGUCCAAAACUGAUAACUGAUGACUAUUAACUGGUGCGUAUUAACACCAAUAAACCCAUCCGUUUAAAAAUUAAAAGCAACUUUCUAAACAA